GGAAUGACUCAGUGAGCCCCGGCACACAUCUCACCAUGGAGAUAUCUUUAGACAACACAUCUGCACCAGUAUACGGUCUGUUCGUCAACUAUAUGUACGCCACCAACACUGAUAACCAACAGGAAACUAUUAUACUGAAUGGAUGUUCCCUGGACGCGUCCCUGUUUAACAACUUCCAGACGACGGACGGAGAUGUUUUAGUAGCCAAGUUCAGAGCAUUCAAGUUCCCCGACACCACGUACGUCUUGUUCAUCGGUACAGUAACAGUGUGCCUCGAUAAAUGUCCUGGGGUGCAGUGCAGUAACGGCGUGCGCGGGUUUGGACGACGGCGGCGCGCCAUCGCCUCCUCCGCUGACGACAACCUGUACGAGGUGUCCCUUACCACAUUCCUCAAGGUCGACUGGAAGGACGGGGACAGGGAAGCAGAGGACGUAUUAGCUCUCAUAAAAAAUUUGAAAGCAGCAAAUCAAAUGCUCGAAAAUCAAGAUGUCGUCACGCCAAGUACCGCGUAUGGGGUCAGUGACCACCUCCUCCAAGAAGAAAGCUUGACAGGCAAAGGAACGACGUUCGGAUACAGUUGUCUACUACUAGCUAUUAGUUUUAUUUUAAUUCUUAUGAAGUAAUAAGUUACCUAAAUCAUGGUUUCAAUAAGGUGUUCUGAUUUGAUGGUAUUUUUAAUGUCUAUUUUUUAUUAGCCGCCUUUGACUUUGAAGUCAUAGCUAAAGCCAUAGAUUACUAGGAUAAAUAAUAAAAAGAAAACAUAAAUAAUUGAUUAAUAAUAUAUUAAUAAAUAAAAUGUUUGUAAUAUUUUUUAUAAUAAAAAAUAUCCUUAAAUUAGAACAUAAUCAAGGGUUAUAUUAUGGGGCUUGUCAAGUGAAACUGAUACAGUACAUCAAGAAAUAAUAUUUUUUUUUUGUGAAUUUAUUUGUAAUAAUUUGAUAAUAUGAAACACGGAAUUAUAAAACAAGAUUAGAAAUUCUCCGAAUUUUUGUAAUAUUAUUUUUAAUAAUAAUAAGACUAAUAAACAAUUUUAUUUUCAAUCUCAGCUGUAUAUUAUGAUAUUAUUAAACAAAGUGUAAGUUAAUUUACAAUUUUAGUUUUAAUAUAAAGUGAUCUAAUUAAAUAAAUAACGUAAUUUAAGUGCCUUUUUUAACUAUAUUUUAAUAAAAAUAGAGUUGUGUGACCAGGAAUAGAGAAGGUAGUUUGAAACAACAAGUCAGACUAGAUUUCAAGGGGAUAAUAAAGUUUAAUAUCAAUGAUAAAAUUAUAUGUGUGUAAACUCAAUUAAAAAGUAUAUACAUUUAUAUUUUGAUUCUGUUCUUAAUUUCCCAAAUCCAUCAAACAUAUUAGGUGCUUUAAAAUAAUAUUAAUGUGAAAAAAUACUUUUCCUGGUUAUAACUGAAGAAUGCAUUUAUGCAUUUUUGUAUACACUAGUCUCUAAAGUAAAAAAAAUAGUUUAAACAUUAUUAUUAUAAACAAAUGGUUAAAAUAUAUUUCAGUUUUACCUUUGCUUUGUUAUUCAUUUUCAAGAUGUACUUAAAUAUGCCUACAAUUGCGUUACUCAAAUGCGUUGUGUCCGUAUUUUAACAAACUGAAUUAUAUGAUGAAAUAAAAACAGUAUUCAACAAAAUUCUAAUAAGCUUGUCUUUUAUUUUAUAAACCCUCUCAGUUAAUACUUUUUUGGUAAUAUAGAAAAAAUACAGAGAAAAUAAAAAAAACAGCUAAAGCAGUCUUCGGGAGAAAUAGACUUGAAAACAUAUUAAAAACUACAAAAGAGGAUUUUGAAAUUCAAUUCAAACAUGACCGUGCUUAUAAGUGGUUUUUAACCUAAUUUCACAUAUAUCAUAUUGAAUUUUGAACCUCUUUUAUGGAUUUUAAGAAUUAUUUAUCUUAUAUUUUAAGUCAAUUCGAUUUAAGCAUUAAUAUCUCAUAAUUAUUUACACUCAAAAUAAAACGAUUCGUUCAAGUUUUCAGUCUUUUAAUAGAACCAUUAUUCAUUAACCGAUCAAAACUAUCUAUACAAUAGGUACGCAGAUAUCAACUUGACAAGUAACUACAAAUAGUGACAAACUAAAAUAUAUGUAUAAUAUUAUGAUUAUAACAUUAAUAAUACUUACAUUACACCAUAAUGAUCAUAAGUGUUAAUUAUUAAUCCUGAAAACUUAAAUUUUACCAUAAUAUUACAAGUAUC